GAGAGAGAGAGAGAGAGAGAGAACAUAGAGAGAACAGAGAACAGUAAUUGUGCGUGAAGGACCAUGACAGUCCGGAGCGGCGGGAGUUAGGGGGAAACGAAACAAGAAGAAGCCUUUUAACCGGGACAUUCACCUGCAGAUGUAACCCUCAACACGCCGGCUACGGAAACAUGCGAUUUGACAGAGAUUUCAGCGCCCGCGGUUCACGUGUGCCUUUCCAAACACCUUCAGGGAGUUUACAUGUUCCUGCGUGUCGACGACGAGGCAAUGUUUAGACGCAGACUAUCGGCAGAAAAGCGGGGAGUUUUUAACGUGUUUUGUGGCUUGUGUAAGGAGAGAGAUUCUUGAAAAAAAAAAACUGCGACAAGAAGCAACGCGAAUGUAGUCUUCAGGAGGGAAAAGGCGAAACACCGUACCUGCUGCCACAGUGUCUUCCUGCUGCGGUCAUCCUGCUCCUGUGUGUUUCGGUUUCUCGCAGUGCUGUGUGGGUAAAGUGAGGGGAGGAUGCAGGUAAAGAAGCCCCGGGAUUCGGACCAGAGCAGUGGCGACAUGCUGGAAACAGACGGCCCCCGAAAAAACUCCUCAUGCUUCUCAAAUAUCAAGAUAUUUUUGAUAUCGGAAUGCGCCCUCAUGUUGGCUCAGGGCACCGUCGGAGCGUACCUGGUGAGUGUGCUGACCACCCUGGAGCGGCGGUUCAACCUGCAGAGUGCUGACGUGGGGGUGAUAGCCAGCAGCUUUGAGAUAGGCAACCUGGCUCUGAUCCUGUUUGUCAGCUACUUUGGGGCCAAAGCACAUCGGCCCCGUCUGAUCGGCUGCGGGGGCAUCGUCAUGGCUCUUGGCGCCCUUCUCUCAGCUCUGCCUGAGUUUCUGACAAAACAGUAUGAGAUAGGGGAGACGUUGAGGACUGACGUGGGUCGGGAUGUUUGCUCAAACACCAGCAGCAUAGAGGUUCAGAAGGCUGAGGACAUUAUAUGCCGCAACAGGGCCAACACCAACAUGAUGUACCUGCUGCUGAUUGGAGCCCAGGUCCUACUUGGGAUCGGGGCCACGCCGGUGCAGCCCCUGGGGGUGUCCUACAUCGAUGAUCACGUGAAGAAGAAAGACUCAUCACUCUAUAUAGGAAUCCUCUUCUCUACCCUCGUGUUCGGGCCUGCCUGUGGCUUCAUCCUCGGCUCCGUCUGCACUAAGUUCUACGUGGAUGCUAUCUUCAUCGACACUGAUAAGCUUGGCAUCACUCCAGAAGACCCGCGGUGGAUCGGGGCCUGGUGGGCCGGCUUCCUCCUGUGUGGUGCCUUACUCUUCAUCUCGGCUCUCUUCAUGUUUGGUUUCCCCAAGUCACUGCCGAUCAAGGAGAGAGAGGAGGGGGCAGAGAGUGAGCAGGUGAUGCUGCCUCCCUCUCUGAGUGCAGACUAUGAGACUCCAAAGCCCAGCAAUGGUGUUGUACGCAACCACGAGCCUGCCAACAGCCCCACCUGCUGUCAGCAGCUCAGGGUGAUCCCUAAGGUGACCAAGCACCUCCUGUCCAACCCGGUGUUCACCUGCAUCAUCCUGGCGGCCUGUAUGGAGAUCGCGGUCGUGGCUGGCUUUGCAGCGUUUCUGGGGAAAUAUCUGGAGCAGCAGUUCAACCUCACCACCACCUCAGCGAACCAGCUGUUAGGUAUGACAGCGAUUCCAUGUGCGUGCCUCGGGAUCUUCAUGGGCGGUCUGCUGGUGAAGAAGCUGAACCUCUCGGCCCUGGGAGCCAUCCGCAUGGCCAUGCUGGUCAACCUGAUCUCCACCGCCUGCUACGUCUGCAUCCUGUUCCUCGGCUGCGACACCGGCCCCGUCGCAGGAGUGACCGUCCCAUACGGCAAUGAGACGCUGCGGGUGGGCGAGAAACCAGAAGCUCAGUGCAUCAGUCAGUGCAACUGCUUCACUUCCUCCAUCAGCCCCGUGUGCGGCUCCAACGGCGUCACCUACCUGUCCGCCUGCUUCGCCGGCUGCACCCAGUCAGGCAGGACAGGCAGCAUCGCGUCCAGCAUCUCCCAGAACCUGACGGGGUGUGCUUGUGUGUCCUCCGAGAGUGAAUUCGCCACAGCGACCCCGGGGAAAUGUCCGACGCCGGGCUGCCAGGAAGCGUUCCUCAUCUUCCUGUGUGUGAUCUGCGCCUGCAGCCUGGUCGGAGCCAUGGCCCAGACGCCCUCUGUUAUUAUUCUCAUCAGGACUGUGAGCCCUGAGCUGAAAUCGUACGCACUGGGACUUUUGUUUCUUCUGUUACGACUCCUCGGAUUCAUCCCCCCUCCUCUGAUCUUUGGAGCUGGGAUCGACUCGACUUGCCUUUUCUGGAGCUCAGACUGCGGCGAUAGGGGAGCUUGCCUGCUGUACGACAACAUAGCUUACAGGCAUCUGUACGUGAGCCUCGCCAUCAUCCUCAAGGGCAUCGCCUUCCUCCUAUACGCCACCACAUGGUAUUGCUUGCGCAGGAACUAUAAGAAGUACAUCAAAAGCAACGAGGGCUACAUGUCAGCGACCGAGUUUUACCCCUCUCUCACUGAGGGCCCCAAACUAGUCGACAGGACAAAGUUUAUAUAUAACCUUGAGGACCACGAGGUUUGUGAAAAUAUGGAGUCAGUUUUAUAGUUUGUUGUGCAAGAAAAAGAUAAUAUGGACAUUCAUAGGAAUAUUCUUUUCUUCUUUUCUUGAAAGGAUAACGUUUUUUGAUAAAAGGCAAUCUAUUUAAUGGCCCGUUCAGGUCUCAGAAGACGUUGCUCUCCACUGAGCUCCACGUCCUCUGCAAACUUUCAAGGGUCCAUUUUAGUCGUUUACAUAUCGGCGAGGUGUUGUCCAGUGUUGCCGGUGAAUUCCUGUGUUGACUCGGUGGUAGAAGACGACUACAGUACUCUCUGGCUCAGUCCUCGAUGAUUGUUAGUGAGCGGACUUGAAGCUAUUACAACUAGUUGCCAUAUCGUUUUAGGUCUGUCUUGACUCCAGUGAUCGGCGUGGAAAAUGGCAGUUUCCUUUUCAGUCAGUGCACUGUGUGUUCUGUCUGUCACUCUCUCAAAAAUGAGAUUGUUAUGCUAAAAGUUUGGAUGAUUCUUCAGUUAUUCAUAUGUAAAAAGUUGCCAAGUGUUUACAAACUAAUAGUUCAUGAGUUAAUGCAUUUUGUUUCAAUGCAGGAGAGUUUCUUCUAAAAGAGAACAGAAACACUCAGACUGGGUGGUUAUAGUGGCCUAUUAGAUGUUUUAACUGUCCGAAUAUUAAGUCUAAUAACUUAAAACAAGGUAGUGUUUUCAUGUCAUCAUGCACUGUUCAGUUAUAUCUUGCUGGAUCACAGGCACUGUUUUUGAUACUAUUUAGACUAGACUGUGAAGUCUUGUCUCAUAGGUGCAAUUCACAUCUGAUACAUCCAUGUUCAUUACUAGCUUUGUGUCAGACUGCAAGUUUGUUUUUCAUUACAGCAGUUUGUUCCAUAUACAUGUUUGUAUUUACAUUUGCAGACUUUAUUCAGCCUAACGCGUCUUAAUAAGGGAUUAUUCAUAUAAGAAUGUUAAUUCUAUUUUCUUCUGACUUUCACCUAGUGGAAAAAAUAAUAAAUGUCAAGAGUAAUAUUUCUAUGUGUUUGGUAAAAACAGAUAAGGAGUAAUAUAUAUAUAUAUAUAUAUAGGUGUCAUUAGGCCCAGGAUGUUUUGUUAGGUUGUAUUUGAAAGGACAGUUUGAAUUAUAUUUGAUCUGAGAUGCGUGUGUCACAUUAGAUUUGGGACAAUUCAUAGAAAUCGGAAGGUGUAUGAUGAAUUAUUUGGUUAUAUAAAACAGCCUGUUAUAAAUGGGAUAAAAGUAAGAGAAAUGUUUCAGGAGUUUUUGUGUGCC